GGUAGUGGAGUCGCGCAGCCUCUGUUGCGUGUGGUGAGAGGGGUUGAGGUCGAGGAGGAGGAUUCUAGUUUGUUUUUUAAAAUUUGCUCCAAAUAAUAAAAGAAAAAUGCCGGAUGACUGGGAUAAAGAUGUGUACCCCCAGCCGCCUCGACGGACCCCGGUAGUGAACAAACAGACGAUUCUUCCAAACCCUUUGGACUAUGCGAUGAAGAUAUUCUACUACGCCGUUGACAAGCCGAUCACCGUUUUAAGAGAAUGGAUGGAUCACCUGCACACGAGGCAGACAUUCUAUUAUUACCACCGGCAGUACCGCCGGGUCCCGGACAUGACCGAAUGCCAGCAGGGAGACUACCUGUGCUACUACGAAGCGGACAUGCAGUGGAAGAGAGACUGUAUGGUGGAUGAGGAGAUCGUGAAGGUGAUGCAGGAGAGGCUGUCCGCCUGCCAGCAGUGGGAGGGGAAGAGCUACCGGCAGAACUGCGCCAAGCAGCUGCAGCAGUUCACAGAGGUGGCCAAUGCCUUCCAGUCCCGAUAUGGGGACCUGGGUGCCUACGGCAAUGCUCGGAAAUGCCUGAUGAAGCAGAAACACAAGAUGAUUGAGGAGCGUCGGAAACAAGCAACUGAAGCCUGAGACCAGACAGCAGUGGACAGCUGUCGGCUGAAGCCUCUCCUACUGCAUCACCUCCACUAUGUGUUAACCUGUAAAAUAAAAUGGUUGUAAAAACUGGA